AGUCCGCGCAUGUCCAAAAGCAGAAAAGUCACGUUGGACGCCUCGGCCCAAUGGUCUCCAGCCUCCCCAGCGACACCAUUUCUAAGAUGGCGACCGCCGAGCCGGAUAUCGAUCCAAGUUCAUCGAGACGAGAUGAAGAGACUGAAGAGACUGAAGAGCAGACUGGAGAGCAGACUGGAGAGACUGGAGAGACUGGAGAGCAGACUGGACAGCAGACUGGAGAGACUGGAGAGCAGACUGAACAGCAGACUGGAGAGCAGACUGGACAGCAGACUGGACAAGAGAUCGUGAGCCCCGAGGCCUAUAUCAAGCACCCCCUUCAGAACAGAUGGUCCCUGUGGUUCUUCAAGAAUGACAAGAGCAAAACAUGGCAGGCCAAUCUGCGACUCAUAUCCAAGUUUGACACCGUGGAAGAUUUCUGGGCUCUCUACAACCACAUCCAGUUGUCAAGCAACCUCAUGUCAGGUUGUGAUUACUCCCUUUUUAAGGAUGGCAUUGAACCAAUGUGGGAGGAUGAGAGGAACAAGCGUGGAGGACGCUGGCUGAUCACCCUCAACAAGCAACAAAGAAGAUUAGACCUUGACCGCUUUUGGCUGGAAACGCUUCUCUGCCUCGUUGGGGAGGCCUUCGACGACUACAGCGAUGAGGUUUGUGGAGCUGUGGUCAACAUCCGCACAAAAGGAGAUAAAAUAGCUGUCUGGACGUCAGAUUAUGAGAACCGGGACGCUGUAACACACAUAGGGAGAGUUUACAAAGAGCGCUUAGGGAUCCCCUUGAAGAUGACCAUUGGCUACCAAUCUCAUGCUGAUACGGCCACAAAGAGUGGGUCAACCACCAAGAACAAGUUUGUGGUCUGAAAAGUGCCUUCGUGCCUCAUCGAUCUGCCUGUUCGUUGAAUGUGGCAUAUGCUUACUUUGUUUCAAAGACUGUUUAUAAUGCAAUCUGAACAGAACUCAGUUCAGCGCCAGACCAGAACUUGAGCCACAGGAAAUCCGCUACAAUGGUAAUAAAACACACUUACAGUUAUUAAGAACAGAUAAGGAAGGGUGCCUCAUGAGCUUCUAAAGAUUUGAUUUGAUUUUAUUUAAUGGCAGGGAACAGUUCUACAAUGCAAACAUGUCAAAGAAGGUUGAAUCAGUUCACCUAGACACAACAUUUACUGACAUACGUUUC